AUGGAGCAGGUACUAUAUAAUCAAAGCCUUAAAAUGCAAAGCCUUUCCACCUUUCAAGGAUUAAUUUUUCUAAAGGUCCUUGUCUUUUCCAUCUUCCAACAGCUGCUUUAUAGCCCAGUUGCACACUUAUUCAGAAUGAAAGCCAUAGCAGCGAUGAAAUACAGUUCAAUUUGUUUUUUGAGAAGCAAUUGGGCUAAAGAACAAAAUCUCUUUGACAUUAAUCAAGAUUUUGUAUCUGCAAUCAAGAACAUUUUCAUACUAUUCUUUACCAUUUUCAGAUUAGCGGAGUACAUUAUUUAUAAACUCUCUGAUCGCAGUUACCAGUUGCAUACUUCCUUGGAUGUUCAACAUUUAAAAUGGAAUAUGAAGAAAAAUACAAAUAAAAAGAGAAUGCUCUCAUUCAGCAGGAUAUAUUUACCAAGAACGAACAUAUUACCAAUUUCGGUGGGCGAUGGAUUAAAAAGUAGGUUCAUAGGCCCGCUACCUAGCAAGUCCUUGAAAUGCUUUCAAAAGAAGAAUUUUUUGAGUAAUAACAAUAUUAACCGGUAUACAGUACCGGAAACUAAAGCGACAAAUGCAAUCUUAUGGCAAAGGCAACGUACAUAA